UAUUAAACGGUGUUUAGCUUUCAUGAUGGGAACCAAUAAUGAGGGGGCAAAAGAGUAAAGAGAUAUACUCCCCAAUUUUCCUCCCUCGUUUUGAACUAAUUCUUAACUCCUCGACCUCCUUUUCAUGCUCACAUGUGAGCAGUUGUUUGGAUCUUUGUAAUGAUGGAUAAGUUGUCGAAGUAUGAACCAGUUGAUUUUAAAUUUGAAGAUGUUGAAGCAGAGCUAGACUACCAGAAUGCCUCUAGCAAGAAAAAGAAGCUUGUUCUUAUACAAGCUCCGGCAAAUUUUAACAUCAACUCAUUGACGGGUCUACAGAUUCCAUUAAAUGGAGAGCAGAUCUUGCCAUCGCAGAAAGACAGUGAUAAAAGAUAUGAAGUAAAGUCCAGCUGGAGUUGCAAGAGAAAUAUGGAAUCAAUAAAUAUUCUUAUUCCCUCAUUUGAAGAAAGAAAACUUUAUGUCGGAAGGCCACUUUAUGGCAGCAUGGUUGUCACUCAGUCUAUCAGAAUACCACCGGUAGUUACCCCUGAUAGAGAGGAAGUGACACUGCCAACAGUCUCGGAAAAGCUCAUUCAUAAAUGGACUCCAUUUGGAGCAGAUAGCCCCAAAAAGUUAUAUAGAAAGGAAAUAACUAAAAGGAAGAAAGAGGUGAAAAAAAGAUGUCUUGAAGAAUUGUCAUCAAGUACUUCGAAUUCACAGAAAGAAGUAAUAAGUGAAAUCGAUAGGACACAUGCUAAAGAUAGAAAGAAAAAGAAAAACAAAAGAAAAGAUAAUGUCAGUUCCUGAAUAGACAUUCAAAAAGUAGCAAAAUAGAAGCAGAAGAUGUGUGUAAAGAAGUUCGAAGUUAUCUGCCUUUGUAUAAAUUUAUAUUUCUUACCAUGUUAACAA